CCCGGCUCGGUACCGGGAGCGGCCCCCCCGCCCCGCACAGCCCGGCCGGGGGCCUGGGGCCGCGCCGCGGUUUCGCUUCCGCGGUGCCCAGCGCCCGGUGCCGCGGGGACCCCCCCAGGGAGGGCAGGGCCCCAGCGGGAGCCGCGAGAAAGAGCAGCAAAAACGGGAAAAAACGGGAAAAAAACGGGAAAAGAGCGAGCAGGAAGCGCCGCGGGGUGCCCGGGGGGGUCUGUGCGGCUCAGCCGGGGCGGGCCGGGCGCUGCUGGGGGCUGACCCCGGGGCUGCGCUGCCCGCAGGUGAAGGAGCGCGGCCUGAGCACACGGGGAGGCCCCGGCCCGGGCCCGGAGAAGAGAAACCGGCCUCGGAGGGGGGUCGGGGCAGGUGUUCGCGCGUCCUCUCUCUGCCUUUGAUGUGACAAUGACCAAGUUGGGGUUUCUCCGGCUCUCCUACGAGAAGCAGGACACUCUGCUGAAGCUCCUCAUCCUGUCGAUGGCAGCGGUGCUGUCUUUUUCCACAAGGCUUUUUUCUGUCUUACGCUUUGAAAGUGUCAUCCAUGAGUUUGACCCGUAUUUUAACUACCGCACGACGCGAUUCCUGGCAGAGGAGGGCUUCUAUAAAUUCCACAACUGGUUUGAUGACCGAGCAUGGUACCCCUUGGGCAGGAUUAUUGGUGGAACCAUUUAUCCAGGCCUGAUGAUCACAUCGGCGGCCAUCUACCACGUGCUGCACUUCUUCCACAUCACCAUCGACAUCCGGAAUGUCUGUGUGUUCCUGGCACCCCUCUUCUCCUCCUUCACCACCAUAGUGACUUACCACCUCACCAAAGAACUCAAGGAUGCCGGCGCAGGACUCCUUGCUGCUGCCAUGAUCGCAGUUGUGCCUGGAUACAUCUCUCGAUCCGUGGCUGGAUCCUACGAUAAUGAAGGUAUCGCCAUAUUCUGUAUGCUGCUAACUUACUACAUGUGGAUCAAAGCUGUCAAAACUGGCUCUAUCUAUUGGGCAGCGAUGUGUGCUCUUGCCUAUUUCUACAUGGUCUCCUCAUGGGGUGGCUACGUCUUUCUGAUUAACCUGAUCCCCUUGCACGUUCUUGUGCUGAUGCUGACCGGACGCUUCUCCCACAGGAUAUACGUAGCCUACUGCACUGUCUACUGCUUGGGAACGAUCCUCUCUAUGCAGAUCUCCUUUGUUGGCUUUCAGCCUGUCCUCUCCUCGGAGCACAUGGCUGCCCUUGGCGUCUUCGGCUUGUGUCAGAUCCAUGCCUUUGUAGACUACCUUCGCAGCAAGCUGAACCCGCAGCAGUUUGAAAUCCUCUUCAGGAGCGUCAUCUCCCUGGUUGGCUUUGUCCUCCUCACCAUCGGGGCUGUGCUGAUGCUGACAGGGAAAAUCUCUCCGUGGACGGGACGUUUCUACUCCCUGCUGGAUCCUUCCUAUGCAAAGAACAACAUUCCCAUCAUCGCCUCUGUCUCGGAGCACCAGCCCACCACUUGGUCCUCCUAUUACUUUGACCUACAACUCCUCGUUUUCAUGUUCCCAGUUGGUCUCUAUUACUGCUUCAGUAACCUCUCAGAUGCCCGCAUUUUUAUCAUCAUGUACGGUGUGACCAGCAUGUACUUCUCUGCUGUAAUGGUGCGUCUGAUGCUGGUGCUGGCCCCAGUGAUGUGCAUCCUUUCCGGCAUUGGGGUUUCUCAGGUGCUGUCCACAUACAUGAAGAACUUGGACAUCAGCCGACCAGACAAGAAGAGCAAAAAGCAGCAAGACUCCACUUACCCCAUCAAAAAUGAAGUUGCCAGCGGCAUGAUCCUGGUCAUGGCUUUCUUCCUCAUCACCUACACCUUCCACUCGACCUGGGUGACCAGCGAGGCGUAUUCUUCGCCGUCCAUCGUGCUGUCUGCCCGUGGCGGGGAUGGCAGCAGGAUCAUCUUUGACGACUUCAGAGAGGCUUAUUACUGGCUGCGCCACAACACGCCAGAGGACGCCAAGGUGAUGUCCUGGUGGGACUACGGCUACCAGAUCACUGCCAUGGCCAACCGAACCAUCCUGGUGGACAACAACACCUGGAACAACACGCACAUCUCCCGCGUUGGUCAGGCAAUGGCAUCGACGGAGGAGAAAGCCUACGAGAUCAUGAGGGAGCUGGAUGUCAGCUAUGUGCUGGUGAUAUUUGGUGGCCUCACUGGGUACUCCUCCGACGACAUCAACAAGUUCCUGUGGAUGGUGCGCAUCGGCGGCAGCACGGACACGGGCAGACACAUCAAGGAGCACGACUACUACACCCCCACGGGGGAGUUCCGGGUUGACCGAGAGGGCUCCCCGGUGCUACUCAACUGCCUGAUGUACAAGAUGUGCUACUACCGCUUUGGGCAGGUCUACACCGAGGCCAAGCGGCCGCCGGGCUACGACCGGGUGAGGAACGCUGAGAUCGGGAACAAGGACUUUGAGCUGGACGUGCUGGAGGAGGCGUACACCACAGAGCACUGGCUGGUCCGAAUAUACAAAGUGAAGGAUUUGGAUAACCGCGGCUUGUCCAGGACGUAGAGCCGCCGCUGCCCGAGCCAACCACCGCACUGACCCAGCCUUUGCCUGUGAAGCAGAAAUACUUUUGAUUUUCUGUUUUUUUGGGGGUUGUCUUUUUUUUUUUGUUUCUUUUUAUACCGUUCAUACGCGCAGGAGGAGCCAGGCCGGCGCUGCCCCGCGUGCCCGGCUGGGAUUUUUAUACUCACCGAAUCAGGAGGAACGGCUUCGCCAGGGCUGAUUAAAGGGGAAUUACAGAAAAACGAC